AUGGACGCUACGGCUUGUGCAUCAAGUGGUGGAACCUCGUACUCAGGUAUUUGCCCUGGUACUGGCAAUAUUCAAUGUUGUGUGAAAGGUUCUAAUCCAUCUGGUACUGGCUCCAGUAAACCAGUGAACACAAUGCUUACGGACUUGGCUGAUAUCCUUCGCAAAGCCGGUCUCAAUGUAGUCGAAGAAACCGGCUGGAAGACUCGUGGUCAUGGUGUAAUGGCUUCGGUAAAAGGCAUUCUAGUUCAUCACACGGCUGGUCCAGCAACAGGUGAAUUUCCUUCGCGGGCUGUUGUUCGAGAUGGUCGUUCAGAUCUUCCCGGACCCCUUUCACAACUCGGCUUAGGUCGUUCAGGAACUUGGUACGUGAUUGCAGCUGGUCGUUCUUAUCAUGCUGGAGCUACGAUUGAUGAUUCAGUUUUCGGAAACUCUAACGCAAUUGGUAUUGAAGCUGAGGCCUCCGGUACUCCAGUCGACAAUGCAGGACAUCGACACUGGUCCGAAGUGCAAUGGCAGAGCUAUGUACGUGGUGUGAAAGCUCUUCAAGCAGCUUACGGUAUACCUACAUCACGGGUAUUAGGACACAAGGAAGCAGCAGUGCCUGCAGGUCGCAAGCCUGAUCCAAACUUCUCUAUGACAGAGUUUCGCGCUGCACUUGGCUAA